CUCGGCAGCAGCGGGUGUGUUUGCGGUUUGCUAACGAACUUCUGAUUAACUUUGUGUGGUUUUAUCUGCUUCAUUAACAAGAACACUUGUUAUAAUCACUACUUAACAUUAACAUUAAUGAGUUAAUAUUUCACGCUGGAAACGAAUCCUCCUCCAUGAGUUCAGCCUUUUAUCCUCGGAACUCGCACUUUUCUCCGGGUGCAAAUCCUGUUUGUCCUGCUGGAAAUGAGACUUCUGUGAAGGAUUUGGGAGACCGAGCCUAGCCGAGCCGAGCCGAACCGAGCCGAACUAACCCAGUUGGUGGAAGCGAGAGAAAUGCCAAGAUGAAACCGGUUCUGUGGACUCUCCUGUUUUUCCUGCGGAUCCAUGAAGGAACCUGUGCAAGCGGCGUCUUCACCAAGCAUCCGUCCAAUCAGACGCUGUCCCAGGGCAAGGCGGCGCGGCUGGGCUGUGCCGUCCAGGGUCUCACGGAGCCCGACAUCGUGUGGAUGAAGGACGGAGACAAGCUGUACAGCAGCGACCAGAUGUUCCUCACGCUGGGGGACAGACACUGGGAGACAUACUACAG